ACCACAAAUAAGAAAGGGAACCUCAGGCCAGACCAAAAGGAAUUACAUCACAUUGAAAAGAACCGGAGCCAGGGACGGGAUCACAGCACAACUGUGGAGUCAGGAUGCAGUGUGCUCUGCUACUGGUUCUCAUAGGCUGGGGCGUUCUGGCCCAGGGGGACUGGAUCCAGACCACCACCAUGUGUGGUACACAUUGCUCUCAGGGGCUGCACUGCAAAGCAAAACAGCACUUCCCAAUCUUCUUGGCUCCUUGUAAGACAGCACCAGUGCUCAUCAACAGCAGUGUUUUUCACCACCUGAACGUCUCCACGGUGAUGAAGUGUGAACAGAAGCAGAAGUGCUCUCUGCAUCUCAAAGUUACGGCCACUGUACAAAUCAAUGAACUCCUGCGCGGCGUUUCCGUGUGCACAGACUCCGCUGGGAUGCUGGAGCACUGCAGGGUCGUGACCUUCCCCAAAACGGACAGAGCAAGGCUGGCAGGACAGCUGGUGGAGGUGCAGGAUGAUUGCUUUGAAGUGAGCCCCAGCCAGAAUGUCAAUGUAAUGCUGAAGACUUUCCCUGAAUACUGUGAUAUGAGCCGGGUUCAAGUGUACCGUGUUCAAGGCUGUGACAAUGCAGACUUAAGGAGCCAUGUCCCAUCAUGCAUCACUGGGAAGAUAGCAUAUGCUGUGGACAUGGACAAGCAGGAGAUAUCUGUGGGAGUCUCCGACAUCCUCGAGGACAGAAGUUAUCACCUGAGACUGUGCCGUCGAUGGGACAUCUGCAGUGGGACUGAGGCCUACACACUGCUGAAAAGGGAGGACCCCUACAAGAAUGCCACACUUCAUUUCUCCUCUCCUCUGCCUUGUCUGUGCAUUGAGGGUUGGUCAUCCGUGGUCGAUGCUCCUAGAGUUCAGGUCUGCCCGUUCAAAGACCGCACAGAGGAGCUGUGGUCAGGAGUGACCUUUGACUCAGAGAGGGAGGCGUUGUCCUGGGAGCCAGGGUGUCCAGUCAAGGCAGUGAUCUCACUAUGCCAGAGAAAGGGAGAGAGUAUCUGUGAGGAUCUGCCCAAUUCCACUCAGGUCAUUGGCAGAAGGAAGGUGACAUACGCUAAAGUGGAUCCACACCCAACGCUGUGCAUGAAGUUCACUACUGAUGCAAGAUCCUGGAUUAAAUGUCCAUUUGCUGAUGGGCAUUUCCCUGUCUGGGACCUAACGAUAACAGCUGGACAAGGCCCGCCCCAAGCUGCCCUGACAUCUCGGAUCAAUACCGAGCUUUCCCUGCAAGUGUGCCAGAAAGACCAACCCUCGGAGUGCCAGGAUGUCACCUCUGUAACUGUGGAGAAGAUGAGCCCAGUGCCUGUCAACCUAACGGGAGAUGUAUGCCAGUCCAACGUCUGCAUCCGUGUAAAGAGGGCUGAUGUGCAGUUUUCCACCCACGUUCUUCAGUGCCACUUCCAAUGCACCAGGAAUGGACAGCGCCUCUGCAGGGCUGACUGGGUAUUCGUGACGGCCUUCACCUAUGUGACUUUGAUGAUCGUCGCGGGGCUAGCAGGAAACAUCAUGCUAACAGUUUAUCAGAAGAGACGUGCAAGCAGAAAACAAACCAGCUAUCACCAGUGUGAGCAUACUGCAGAGAUGCAACCUACUGAGGUCACUCUCCUUGCCGCUGACAGUGAGGACCACGCCCAACAGUCUAGCAGGGAUCUGGAAAAAUUACUGCUUGGAUUUGAUGCGUCUGUUACAUUUUCUGACUCGGUUAAAGACCAGCAGGCCCUCACUGUGAGACCCCAGCAGGCUUGCGGAGGUUCUCUGGUGGUUGAAAAGUUCACGUCCUAAUCUGAGCCAGCUUGCUGAUGGUCAUUACUGAAGGACGAAGGUUUCUAUGCAAAAGCAGGCCCAGGCUACGGUGAAAGUGCUCAGAGUCACGUAUGACCGCCCAACCAUGACGCCCCCCAGGGUGCCUCCUUGCCUGAUGCCCAUCCCUCUGGAACAACAUGGAGAACUUCUUGCCUUUAUCCAUAGCCUUGACCGCAAGGCCCCAUAACAACUCUUCCAGUUCCAACACAUUUGAAGCCUUUUAUCAAAACUUCAAAGCCGAUUUAUAUGUGAAUUUACUGUGUGCUGACUGUCUGUGGUAAAGUAUGUAAAGCAUUAGGUUUUUAAAGAGAAUUUAAAGAAGUGUUUUCCACAUCACAGGUGCUUUGCUCUACUACACUUCAACAUCCAGGCUGCCUUGUCUUCAUGAGCCUUCCAUAAUGUAGCAUGUGUUUAUGUCUUAAGUUAUCAGUGCUAAAAAUUCUAUCACUGUAAUAUAUAAUGUGUGUAUAAAUUAUAAUUUUAUUGUGUUAUGUACAGUAUAUGUCAUAUUAUUUAUUUAGUGAAUGGAUGCUCCAGGAUGCAUUACAUAGGUAAUGGGAUGACAUGCUCAGGAGGUAAGAGUGGUCGGGUGUGUCGAAGUGUCCCUGAGCAAGACACCGAACCAUCAAUUGCUCCCGACAAGCUGAUUGGUACCUUGCAUGGCAGGCAGUCGCCGUUGGUGUGUGAGUGUAUGUGAAUGGGUGAAUGAGAGGCAUCAAUUGUUUGUCUAGGUAGGUAAUUUGAGUAGGAUAUGUAUUAUAACAGCUAGAAACUGAGCCGUCACACGGCCAAACCCACCACUGUUCUGAAUGUUGCAUUAUACAGUUUGAGCUGUACUUGCCCUGCAAUGAAUAUUAUAUUUGAUGUGUUACAGUUGCAUUUUCAAUUGUGUCUUUCUGAUUAAAAGAGAGUUUCAUUUCA